AUGGCGUCAACGUCAAAGACAAAAAAGACCAAAGGAAGUUCGGCUCGAUUCCCAGAGCUGUUAUGGGCGAUGGUUAACAAUGAAGAUGCGAUUAAGGAAUGCGAUAAACACAUAUUGUCGAAUGAGGUAUUUUAAUUGAAACAUUUAAGCUUACUGUUUCAGAACAUUUCUUUUAUUACUGACCUGCACACCUUUUUUAUAGUUUUGAAAGCUGUAUUAAAAUGAUAUAAAAUGAUUCAAAAUAAUCAUUCUUAGCUUAUAUCACAUUCCCUAUUUUUUGCAGGGUGGAACUGGUAUCAUGAUCAAAAGUCGAAACGAACUUGCCUCCCACUUGCUUCCUAAGUAUUUCAACACUCGACACUUUGCAAGCUUCCAUCGUCAACCAACUAAUUGUAAGUAUACAAUCAGUUUUUGCACACAACUGCAGCAUCCCUUGCGCAGAAAAAUAAAAAUUUUAUAAUUGAAGACGAAAGAACUCAACCGAGAGUAAUCUCGCUUCCAGCAACAUGUUUGCAUAAACCAAACGUUAAUCGUGCUGCAAGAUACUUUAAUUUCAGAUAAUAGAUAAAUGAAUAAUGAACAAAAUAUUUUGCAAAUCUUAGCUAAGAGAAGAAAUGAAGCGAUUUCAAGGCCUCUGUCAUCUCUGUAAAUCUCUGAUCAGCAACUGGUAGCAACAAAUGUUGGAUAAUGCAUGGUUUAAUUCUACGUUUGAACACGCCACCUCUGGGCAAUCCCUGGGGUGAGUCUAUUCAUUUGGGCUUGGGGGUGGAGAUUGGUUUGAAGCAGCCCUAUCCGAGGGGUAGGGGGAGGGGUAAAGGUAAAGGUUAAGGCACACAGGAGGCUAAAGGUCCAAACGGUUGGACCUUAUACCGGUUUCUUGUAACGCGAAGCAUGCUUCGAAGUAUUGCUACUCCCCUUUGGACGGGAUGCUGGUCCAUUGUAGGGCUACCCCCACCAGUAUAUCGCCGGUACCCAUUUGUACACAGAGGGAAUUAAGAAGUGGAGUAAAGUUCGUUGUCUAAGGAAACAAUGCGACGGGCCACGCUUGAAUCCUGGACCUAGUUCGAGUUGUUCACCGCUCUGCACCACAUACCUCCAUGGUAGGGGGAGGGGCUUAUUAAAAAUUACUUCUCAUUGUUCUUGUGAAAGACAUUUUAUUCUAAACAAUAGUCAUUUGCAUAUGUGGAAGUAAAGUGAAACCUGACACACAUUGCCAUUGUUUUAAGGUUGUGUUUCUUUGAAGCUUUUCCUUUUAAAUGCAUAAUUAUUCACCUUAAAGCACAGGCAGCACAAUCUCAGUAUGAAAGUUUAAUCAUUAAUAUGUGUGGUAUCAUAUUGCGUUAUCCUCAAAAUGGCCAUGAUUAUUAAGGAUCUGUAUACAGUGUUCUCCCCUAGGAUCUUGCGAAGGCCCGGGGGUAUUUCGACAGUGAUUUUUAAUAGUGUUUGUACGCCUGCUGUAGCCUGAAAAAAAAAUUAUCGACUUAAGAACUUAGUUUAAGUUGUUAAAAGAGAACUGGAUUUGCUAUGACAAGCUUUUCGUCUUUGUUCCGCACGUUGACUGCGAGCGAAAGAAUUUCCUUUAGUCUUCAAUGUUUAAAGCUCCUUAAAGGGCCAUUCAACAAAAUAAAUGCAUCACAUUUUUGAACAUAUUCAUGCAACGAUAAACCACGUAGCAAGCCUAGCUGAGAAACUUGUUGCCUAUAAAGCUGCUCCCCCAUUGGAGGACUUAAGGUGACUCGACUCAGUUUUUUGGGGGCGGUACCAUCCUAUUUUGAAGCUCUCUGGUAUCCCCACCUUUACUUUUAUCGUAAGUAUAACACAUAGAAUGGAUAACAUAUAGAUCAAUCUACAAUAUAACAUAAAAUGUUUGGCGAUCGGAGUAAAUGUCACGUGGUUAUAAUGCCACGCCCCUUUGAGGUCUGAGUCGAAAAUCUGCUGUUGCCGGCAUUUUUUCGUGAAAAUCUCUCGGCUACACAUAGUGCGCGUUAGUGCCUUGCACUGAACAGAGUUUCACCAAAAUCGCAAAGACCCAAUUCGAGAAAUUCAGCGGUUUCCAAAUUUAGGUCAUAAUUUAUGCGAAAAUGAUAAGCAAACUUUACACGGAUUAUAUCUAAUAAACUAUGAGAUUCAUCUCUUUAUUUUGGGCAUCGUUAUAACAGAUGGGUCCUUGCAAGUCAGCAAAACGCUUUAGGGCCUUGUAAAUGCGCGCGAUUUCGAGCAAAGCAAACAUAUAGAAAUUAUAGUUUUCGCUAUUUGUUGACGUUUGUUAGCGUUUAAGAGUCCUUCUCACGAAAAAAGCAUUUUCUUAAAAAUUCGUAGUUUUUUUUCCUUCAAAUUUUUUCAGGGCCACAAUUGAUUAACUAACUACCCGGAUUCUGAAUUUGAUGGUCAUUGAAAGACUGUGACAUUAUCUUCUAUAAGCCCAAACUUGAGUAAACAUUGAAGAUUUUUAGCGUUUUGGCUGAGUUUGUGCUUUGGGAGUUGUCUAUUGUUUCUAUACAGCAUUCUUGUUCAGCACGCGUGCAAUGACCACGCUUGGCUGACUUCCGAAUGCUCACCGAGAUAUGAUAAUUUAGUAUGAGAAAAUAGAAGGGAUUCCCGUCACGAGUUGGUUUAAUUAUUGGCUUGCAUUAAACCCAUGAAAAAAUGAUAUUUUUUUAAUAGUAAGUAGAUUUAGUGUGUAGCACUUCUUGAUUUUUUUGCAAAGGCACAAGGGGCACGAGAAUUGAUUAAGAAUUGUGAGUUAAACCUCUAUGUAUCACGCGAUGGCCUGUCUCACUGUACCAAAAUUAUGAUAUCUCGGUGAGCAUUCGGAAGUCAGCCAUUAUAACCACUCCGAUCACCAAACAUUUUAUGUUAUAUUGUAGAUUGAUCUAUAUGUUAUCCAUCCUAUGUGUUAGACAUACGAAAAAAGUAAAGGUGAGGAUACCAGAGAGCUUCAAAGUAGGAUGGUAAAAAAAAAAAAAAAACUGGGUAGAGUCACCUUAAUGAGCCUCCCAAGAGGGUUAUAUGAUUUUGCACUCCUGAUUAAGAAAGGAGUUUCUAUGUUUAAUGUGUUUCCUAGAACUGGGUACCAUUGUAGAAUUUCAAAUUCACCUAAGGAAAAUAAUGAACAACACUUCUACAUGUGAAUAAGGGCCCAUAUGUGGAAAUGGUUGCCACAUUCAAUACCCACCUAAAACAUGGCUUGAGUAGUAGUUUAGAACUGGUCUUGUUUGCUACUUGAUCCUUUGAGCUGAAUGGGAGACAUCCCUCACAUGAAACGUCCUCAGAGGCAGGGAGUGAUGAGAGGCAACAGGGUACAUAUUUACAGGCUUGUAAUAACAUAGAAAACAUCGUGUUUUAAAAAUUGAUUCUCUCUUUUUUUAGCAGGUGGAUUUAAAAAACUCCAGGAUGUGGAGAGGGAUGAUUUUGUGAAUGAAAACUUCAAAAGAGGCUUUCCAGAGUUGCAGAAGAAUAUCACCAAGAAAAAG